UUCUCUACAUUCCUCUCUCACACCAAAGUCACAGACAAAACAUCUCUCUCUAUUUAUAUACACUUAAUCACAUCACAAUUCUGAACAGAGAACAUUUUUUGGGAGAGAGAAGUUAACCUAAAGUAACAUUGAUCCAGAGAAAUGAGUAAGUUUGGUGGGUCUUUGUUCGGCUUAAACCUUUUACUGACCGUUCUCCUCGGGGCAGCCACUGCAGCAGCGGAGUAUUACAAUUAUGGAAAUGCCCUGGACAAGACAUUCUUGUUCUUUGAGGCUCAACGGUCAGGGAAGUUGCCAGCUGCCCAACGUGUCAAAUGGCGUAGCCAUUCUGGUCUCGCGGAUGGUCUUGCUCAAGGCGUGAGUUUGGAGGGAGGAUAUUAUGAUGCAGGAGACCAUGUGAAAUUCGGUUUACCAAUGGCUUUCGCAGUAACAAUGCUAUCGUGGGCUGCGGUUGAUAACCAGAAGGAGCUAUCCGGUUCGAACCAAAUGCAACAGACAUUGUGGUCAAUCAGAUGGGGUACUGAUUAUUUCAUCAAGGCUCAUCCUCAGCCUAAUGUUCUAUGGGGUCAAGUUGGAGAUGGAAAAUCUGAUCACUACUGUUGGGAGCGAGCGGAGGACAUGACCACUUCAAGAACAGCUUAUAAGCUUGACCAGUACCAUCCUGGCUCAGACUUGGCUGGUGAAACCGCUGCUGCUUUAGCCGCUGCUUCUUUAGCUUUCAAGCCGUAUAACUCCUCUUAUUCUGCUAUCCUCUUGACUCAUGCCAAAGAGCUCUUCUCAUUUGCUGACAAAUACAGAGGAUUAUACACUGAUUCAAUCCCAAAUGCAAAAGCUUUCUACAUGUCAUCUGGUUACUCGGAUGAGCUUCUUUGGGCUGCGGCUUGGCUACACCGUGCCACCGGGGACGAGUAUUACUUGAAGUAUGCUGUAAAUAAUGCUGGUUACAUGGGUGGAACCGGCUGGGGAAUGAAAGAAUUCUCUUGGGAUAACAAAUACGCCGGUGUUCAAGUCCUUCUCUCCAAGAUCUUGUUAGAAGGUAAAGGUGGUGCGUAUACUUCGACCUUGAAGCAGUAUCAGAUGAAAGCUGAUUACUUCGCUUGUGCUUGUCUCAAGAAGAAUGGUGGCUACAAUAUUCAAACAACUCCUGGUGGUUUGAUGUAUGUUAGAGAGUGGAACAAUCUGCAAUAUGCAUCUGCGGCUGCAUUUCUUCUUGCGAUUUAUUCGGAUUAUCUAUCUGCAGCAAACGCUAAACUCAACUGUCCUGAUGGUUCAGUGCCGCCUCAAGCACUUCUAGACUUUUCAAGAUCUCAGGCUGAUUAUAUUCUUGGAAAGAACCGUCAAGGGAUGAGUUACUUAGUUGGAUAUGGACCAAAAUAUCCAAUCCGAGUUCACCAUAGAGGCGCUUCGAUCCCUUCAAUCUUUAUUCAACGGUCUACUGUGAACUGUGUACAAGGAUAUGAUUCUUGGUAUAGAAGGGCUCAAGCUGAUCCGAAUGUUAUCUAUGGUGCUCUUGUUGGUGGACCAGACCAGAAUGAUUACUAUUCCGAUGACCGGACAAACUACGAGCAGACAGAACCAACAUUGUCUGGAACAGCUCCACUCGUUGGUCUAUUCGCUAAACUCUCUGGAAAAUUAGGUUCUUAUGGAGGAGGAUAUUCUAAACCUUACCAAACACCAAAACCACCAGCUUACAAAGCAACAACAACAUACACUCCAAAGCAAUCAGGUGCACCAAUCGAGUUUCUUCAUUCAAUAACUGCAAAUUGGAUGGCCUGGAACACGAGGUACUACAGACACAAAGUGAUCAUCAAGAACAAUUCUCAGAAACCGAUAUCAGGCCUCAAGCUUAAGAUUGAAGAUCUCACAGGACCUAUAUGGGGACUUAACCCAACAGGGCAAAAGAAUACUUACCAGCUUCCUCAGUGGCAAAAGACUUUGAAAGCAGGGCAAGCUUACGAUUUUGUCUAUGUGCAAGGUGGUCCUCAAGCUAAGGUCUCUGUCCUAAGUUACUACUAAUCCUUUUCUUUUAAUUAAGAUUCCAUUUUCCUUCUUUUUGUUUUUUUUUUUUUUGUUUAUGCAUUGUGUGAGAUUUGAAAAUAGCCAACCAAGUUGAGACUAAAUCUGAGAAAUGUAAAUUUGUGUCCCUUGAGAGAUAAUUAUUUUUGCCUACC